AUGUAUGAUUUAGCGUCAUUUCAAACUUCAAUCGAAAAUAAAUUACGAAAAAGUCAAAAUCAUCAAAAUGAUGAUUCAACAAAUAAUAAUAAAUCAAAAUCCGUUUUGGUUAAAUCUUCUUGUCCUCGUAGUAAUAAUAAUGAUGGUGGUUGGUUGUUACUCGACCAUGCAGCAUUACUUACUUCUCAGGCAACAGUUUUAACAGCAAAUUUUUUCACACAUCAUUUAUCGGGCCCAAGGAAACCUUCUUGGCCAAUUCAACUUACUUUAAUGUGCGCUGCAAUGAGAACAUUAACGGAUCAUACUCAUUUAGUUGACGUAGAAAUGUUAAGACGUUUCAUUAAUAUCCCCUUUGCUUUCACCCCUUCGGAUAUUAUCGUAACUCCAGUUUCAUUUAAGGUUUUAAAUAGAGGGUUACAAGGUAUACUUGAAGAACUUGAAGAGAAAGAAACUGGUGUUAGGGAAAUAAGUUGUGAAUGGGUUGUUCCUAAAUCACUUUGGAGGAAAAUUAAUGAAGAAUUUCGUUCAUCCGCUGCUAAUUCUAAGCAUAUUUAUAUUGAUGAUGAUGGAAUAAAAUGGUCAAAUGAGAAAGUUAUCUUAUAUGUACAUGGCGGUGCUUAUUAUUUAAUGUCUGCGAAAACUCAUCGUGAAAUAAAUUAUCGUAUUUCAAAAGUAACCGGAAGAAGAGUUUUCGCCAUCAAUUAUCGACUCGCUCCUGAAGGACCCUUCCCGUGUGGUCUACAUGACGUAGUUCAUUCUUUCCUUUAUUUGACUGAUCCCAAUGGUUUGGCGAUUCAGCCAGAAAAUAUUGUUGUCGCUGGCGAUAGUGCUGGAGGUGGUUUAGCCUUAGCAUUAUUGUUCUAUCUAAGGGAUAAUCACGUGCCAUUGCCCGGCGGCGCAGUAUUAUUUUCCCCUUGGGUCGAUUUAACCAUGUCAUGUGCCAGUUGGGUUCAAAAUCAACAUUACGAUUAUCUCUUCAAACAAAAGGACGAUGAUCCCUUACAUCCGGUCAAAUUAUAUUUGCACCCUUAUGAAGAACGUGCAAAAAUGGUUACCCAUCCUUACGUGUCACCUUUAUAUGGGGAUUUAAAUAGCUUACCCCCUUUAUUAAUACAAUGUGGUGAUUCCGAAGUGUUACGGGAUGAAAUUUACUUGUUGGCAAAUAAAGCUUCAGAAACUGGAACGACAUUUGUCCAGCACGAAGUUUACGAAGAUAUGGUACACGUGUUUCAAAUGUUUAACUUCCUUGAACCAGCAACGAAGGCUUUGGAUUCAGUAGGAUAUUUCGUUAAAAAUAUUAUACCGAUUUAUCAAAGAAACACCUCGUUACCUCAACCGAAUCGCAAAAGUUUUUCAAUACCAGAUUAUAAAUUAAGCGGAGCUGCUGCUCGCACCUUGAACGAUCUGUAA